AUGUUAUCAAUGUACAGAAAAAAUAUUUUGAAAUCUUUAGCAAGAUCAAGAUCUAUUCCAGUUACACAACCACGUCGCUUUCAAACCGUUUGGUCACAUUCAACAAAUGAAAAAGUGAAAACUUCAGCUGAUGUUAACACAGACAAGAAACCAUUCAAUGAAGAGGUUUCACAAGAAAAAUUAGACGAAAUGAAAAAGCACUCGGAUUCAUUUGAACAGUCCUCUAAGAAGGAGACCACUGAGUACACUAAGAAGUACUCGGAGGGUUUUAAGAAUCUAAAAGAUAAAGGUAAAAGAACAGCCGAAGAGCAGGCUCGUGCUGAGGAUUAUAUCAUUGCAGCAAAGAUAAUACCCAAAUUGCCGGAUUAUACUAAAUUUUCAGAGGCUAAGAAUUGCAAAGAAGCGGAUUAUUACACUCUUUAUACUGAUUUGGUAUCGAAGUUAUUACAUGAUAAACAUAUAAAGAACAUAAAGAAUCAUUUAAACAGCAGUUGUGCUUUAAAUACUGAAAAUGAUGUAUGUGUUGAACAUAGUGAAAUUGACGAAGUAAAUGGAGAGAUAAUAGAACCUCAGACUUUGAAAGUCUUUUUAGAGAAGCAUAGAUCCAGCAUUUUAUUGGUUGACGUGAGACCAAGGGAAGACUUUAAAAAAAACCACAUAUUAACAGAGAAUAUAAUUUGUCUAGAGCCUAUAUCCAUAAGAUCUCAAUAUUUCGAUCACGAUAUUGAAAACUUAUCACUUUUGAAUUCUCCAGAUCAUGAAAAGGCUCUCUUUAAACAUAGAGAUAACUUUGAUUUAGUGAUUAUUUAUGAUGAAACUUCCCAAUUUCCUCAUGACUCAAAAUCAUCCGAAAACCUGAUGAAAAUUUUGUGCCAAAAAUCUUUUGAAAAACCAUUGAAAAGGAAGCCAAUGUUUCUUAAAGGUGGUAUUCAAGGAUGGAUGAAUGUAUUUGGACUUUCAAGCUUUGGGCAUAAUCAUGGAUUUUUGACACACCCGGGGAAACACAGACCAAGAACUUCUAGUCGGUCAAGCUCAUUCUCAAAUCAACCAAUUGCAAGAAAUUUUCAUGAUUAUCUUUCAAAUCCAAUUAAGAAUGAUUUCCAUUCUUCUACACCUCAGUUUUACGUUCAAAGACCGACAUCUCCUAAUAUAAAAAGAUCGAGCAGCUUCAAACUUCCUAGCUUGAGACCAGUAUCAUCCCCAGGGAAUAUAUUCAAUAAUAAAUCACCAAAAUCUGGCAAUACGGUCUCUCCUAAGAGCCUAAAUGGAAUUACAGAUUCUAAACAAAAUGCAAAUCAGAAGAUUGAACCUACCUUACCAAGCGUAUCAAAGAUUUUGAAUACAAAUGAUUUACAUUGCACUACGGGCUUAUACAAUAUUGGAAACACAUGCUAUAUGAAUUCUAUAAUUCAAUGCUUAUUGGGGACACCGCCAUUUUUGCAAUUCUUUCUAAAUGGCUCUUAUAAAGAGCAUGUCAACAUAAAUAGUAAGCUUGGAACCAAAGGUAUCAUGGCAAAAUUUUUUGCUGAGUUAGCUCAGGCUGUUUUUAAACAGAAUGGACGUGUGUAUGAGCCAAAAAACUUUAAAAUUGCUAUAGGCUCAUUGAAUACUUCAUUCAAGAAUAACGAUCAGCAGGACUGCUCUGAAUUUUUGAAUUUCGUUCUAGAUGGUUUACAUGAAGAUCUAAAUGAAGAAGGUAAUAGACCAAGGCUUGGUGAUUUGACCACAGAGGAAGAAGAGUUGAGAGAGAGAAUGCCUAUCAGAUUGGCAUCAGUCAUAGAAUGGGAAAGAUAUCUCAAGACUAAUUAUAGUGCUGUUGUUGCACUAUUUCAGGGGCAAUAUUUGAGUCAAUUGAAAUGUCUAGAAUGUGGCACGACAUCUACAACUUAUCAAGCCUUUUCGGUGUUGAGUCUUCCUAUUCCUCAAGAAUUAGUUCAAAGUCCUUUGGAAAAAAUAUCAUUGAAGAGAUGCUUAGAAGAAUUCACUAAACUGGAAGUUUUGGAUGGUGAUGACAGAUGGAACUGCUCAAAGUGUAAACAACUGAGAAAGUCUACAAAAAAGAUCACUAUAACUAGACUUCCUUCGAAUUUAGUUAUUCAUCUCAAAAGAUUCAAGACUGGAGUGAAUCUACAAAAAAUCACAACAUUUAUAGAAUAUCCAUUUGAAAUGGACUUGACAGACUAUUGGCCCAAAGUGGUAAGUAAAGAAGAAUCAAAGAAGCUACUCACAUUUCCAUUGAGGGGACAAACUCCUCCUUUCAAAUACAAUUUAUACGGUGUAUCAAAUCAUUCGGGUACAUUAGUUGGUGGGCAUUAUACUUCGUAUGUUUGGAAAGGUACAAAUAAGAAAUGGUGUUACUUUGAUGAUACAAGGAUAGUACAGAAUUUUACUAAAACCAAUGUCAUCAACUCGAAUGCAUAUGUUUUGUUCUACACCAGGGUGAACUAA